UCCGCGGUUGCUAGGCAACGCGCGCUCCCUGCCUCCGACAGCUCUGGGUACUGCGGGGUGAUGGGGUCUCGGGGUCCCCAGUGGCUCCUGCUACUACUCCUGAAUUGCUGGGACUUAGUGAUCGCCCAGCCCGGGACCACCCGGGCAGUGACGACGGAGGGUUUGAACUCUGCUGAGGCAGCCCUGGAAACCAAACGACCCUCCUUGUUGCCAAGACCCACUGGGACCCCCAGGAACCCAAGGCCCUCCUCCGACCCCAGGCCCACUCCGGUCACGGACGUUGCUGAUCUGUGUGUCUGUGACUUGUCUCCAGCGCAGUGUGACGUCAAUUGCUGUUGUGAUCCUGACUGCAGCUCCACAGAUUUCAGUGUCUUUUCUGCCUGCUCUGUUCCAGUUGUCACGGGUGAUAGCCAGUUUUGUAGUCAGAAAGCAGCCAUCUACUCCUUGAAUUUUACAGCACACCCACCUCAAAGGGUAUUUAAGCUUAUUGAUCAGAUCAAUCCAUCUAUUUUCUGCAUUCAUACUACAAACUAUAAACCUGCACUGUCCUUUAUUAAUCCAGAGAUGCCUGAUGAAAACAAUUUUGAUAAGUUGAUGAAAAUUUCCAGUGGUUUUUCACUGAAUGUAGAAGAUGUUUCUUUCAAAAACAAAUUGAAUGCUCCAAAAACUACUAAAUAUGAGUAUGGGGUUCCUCUGAGGACUUCAGAUUCCACAUUUUUGAGAUUUCCUUCUCCCCUUAUGACAUCUCUGUGCACUGACAAUAACCCUGCAGCUUUUCUUGUGGACCAAGCUGUUAAGUGUACUAGAAGGAUAAAUUUGGAACAAUGUGAAGAAAUUGAAGCCCUGGGCAUGGCUUAUUACAGCAGUCCUAAAAUUUUGAGGAUGCCGAAUUCAACAAUGCAGCAUGUCUCCAUCACUGUCCAGUCCAUCAUCAUUCAGUCUCUGAAUAAAACGCUAACCCGACAGGAAGACACUGUCAUACUGAAGCAGGCACUUGUGGAAGAUGCGGAUAUGAUGAUUUGCACAAACGUUGUUCUCGAGGUAAAGUACAGUCUCACAUACACAGAUGCAGGGGAAAUCAUAAAAGCUGAUCUCUCCCUCCUCCUGGGGACAGUGAGCAGUGCAGAAGUUCCGGUGCAGCAAAAGUUCGAAAUUCACUUUAUUCAGCAAAUGUCAAAGCCAGUUCCUCUCAGUGGAAACCCUGGUUAUGUUGUGGGGCUCCCGUUAGCUGCUGGAUUUCGGCCUCAGAAGGGGUCUGGGAUUAUUCAGUCUAGGAAUAGAAGUGGACAAUUUACUAUUCUUCGUAGCACAACUGAGCAAGACUGCUUAGCAGUAGAGGGAAGCCGGACCCCUGUGCUGUUUGGUUACAAUAUGCAAUCUGGCUGUAAACUACGGCUGACCAGAGCUAUCACGUGUCAGCUGGCCAUGCGGAAGGUAAAGAGCCUGCUGCAGGGCCAGGCCUUCCCCGACUAUGUGGCCCCUUUUGGAAACUCCCAGGCUCAGGAUGUGCUGGACUGGGUACCCAUCCACUUGGUCUCACAGGCAUCGCAUGUGAAGGAUUCCUGCCAGCUCCCAGUGACUCUGGCUAUAGAAGUGAAGUGGAUUAAGUAUGGAUCCUUACUGAACCCACAGGCCAAAAUCGUAAAUGUAACUGCAAAUCUAAUUUCAUCCCCAUUUUCUGAGACCAUCUCAGGAAAUGAAAAGACGAUUCUUCUCUCCACUGCGGUUACUUUUGUGGAUGUUUCUGCACCUGCAGAAGCAGGCAUCAGAGCGCGGCCAACCAUCAAUGCCAAGCUGCCCUUUAACUUCUUCUUCCCAUUUGUUUGACGUGGUAGAACUAGGAAGGAGCUUGGGUGCCCAACAACAAACUUCUGAAGGAAACUGGCGAAAGAAGCCAUUUGGAAUAACCUGGAAAUAUAAAAGACUUCUCGAGAGUGGACUGGUAGCUUCCUUUUAUUUUUCAGGGAUACACUGGCUUUUCUAUAUACAUAUGAAAAACGGAACAUUAAGAUUAAAUGUUAUAUACAUAAGUUUCAAAAUCACCUGAGAUUAAAUUUUAUAUACAAUUAGUAACUGUCUGCUUUUUGGUUCAUCUUGAGUAACAUGAGAAAAUAUACUUUAUGAUACAUAUGCUAUACAGGGGUAGGGAUGUUCUGGAAAGCUCUUGGUCAUACCACACAAUAGGGCCUCCCAAAGGACUGUGUCCCCUCAUAAUCCAAGGUGGGUGGGAAUGAGGCAAUGGCAUCAAACCAAACUUCUCCCCUAAAAUGGCUCCAGGAGACGCAGUUGUCUUCCUGUUGUAGGUGUAAGUCGGUCUUUGCAGAUACAUGUCUAGUUCGUUUCUCCAAUAAGUCCAUGCUGUCUCAGCAGCUUGUAAAGUCUUUCAAUUUCUUGUUCCUGUUAUUACAAGAGCAGACAAAUACUGACUUUCUGAGCUUCGCCAGGGAUGUGAGACUUAUUCAGUGAAUCCCUGUCCCAAGGACAUAAAACUGAGUGAAAGCUAUACUGUCUGCAGGAGACUCUGCCGUCAAAUGGGGUCUACUGGGUGACGGCAGUGAUCAGAUACUCGGAGAAGGGGUGCCUGGCCUAAAUCUGAAAGGAAAAGCUAGGUGCUCCAAGCUCUGGGCAGCACUGGGGCAAAGGCCUGGCAGGGAGUAGCACCAUGCUGAAGGCAGAGAACUAUGAGCAGAUGACAUUUCAUUGAAGAAUUGUCUUACCUUCUCAGAGCAGCUGAAUUCAAGGUGUUGGAUCUUGGCAGCCAGUUGCAUAUUCAUCUGUUUUAACUUUAACACCUGCCUUUCUGAACGUGUCUUCACCGAGAUAAUUAUUCCUGAAAAAUAAUGGAAGGUCUCAGUGAUACUGACAUCUGGUUUAACCACUUGAAGAAAAAUCUCUUACUGAUGUGUUCAGUUAGGGGAGAGGUGACAGACAAGUCCAGCAUUCAUUGCUUAAUGGCAUAAGAAGUAGAAGGGUCUAAUUUUCCAUUUCUGAGCAACUGGGUCCCCAGUUUUGAAGUAUUUCUCCUUGGUCUUCAUGGACUGAAGAAUACUAAAAAAAAAGUAAUCUCUGACCAGAUAAGUGCUAAGCUUCUGAUACCAAGCUUGUUUAGGAUAGUAUGUGGGGCUGGCAUGCUGGUGCCUCCCACAGCUGUGAUCAGUUUAUCUGUCACUGAUCACCUGAUUUUUGGCUGAUGGAUGAGGUCAGGUCAUCAGCUUCAGCACAUAUCCUGUCCCUGGUAACCACACACAUAGUCCCCAUUUCACCAUUGGAUCUAGCCUUGUGUUACCUUCAUAGAACUUUUAUGUCAUGCUGUUAAGCCUGAUAGCACUGUGGCAGUUGGCACCAGCCCUCACCCUGCUACAUUUAGACAAAGAAUAUGAACAGGUGACCUGGGGUAAAGUGUUGGACCCUCAAAAAGUUCUGAGUUUGAUCCCAGACAGUGUAUAUGCCAGAAUGGUGUCUGGUUCUCUCUUCCUUUUAUCUUUCUCAUACAUAGUAUUAAAAGGAGAAGGAAAAGAUCAAAUCUCAGAAAUUACGUCUGAAAAAUGUUUGCCUCACAGUGGUGUGAGAACGGUAAUAGGUAGUUACUGUGGGUUAUGAGUGACUUUUAACCAAUACUAGUUUAUCUACCACAACUGCACACAACCUUUGUCCAGAGUAUCCUUCUGUUCUGUUACUAAAAAUCAGCACAAACACCUUCUAUAGUAACUGUCAAACCCAGAUGAAUGUUGUCAAUGGUGUUUAUUUCAUCACUAGUUAGAAUUCUGAGUUGCCCCAGGCAAGAUGGUUCACACAUCCCCACAUUCUAGAGACAUGAUCCCUCACUGCCUGAGGAAGAGCAGGGCACGGAGUGCCAGCCUCGCUGUGCCGCCCCGAGAGAAAGGGCUCCAUGUUGGGAUGCACCUGCCUCCAGCAGGCUGCACUGUCCCUUGUUCCCUCUCCUGACGACUAACCACUAUUCUGGGGGAAUUCCCAGACCUCUGCACAAGUUCUGAGCUUAUAAAAAGCAUUGCAGGUGAUUCUGAUAUAGCAGGUCCUGACGAGCAUUUGUGUAACUCUCACUGGCUCACUGGUAGGAAAAUACUUUACCAUCUGGUGAUCACUAUGUCCACCAAAAAAAUAAAAA